AUGUCAACUUUAAUCAAUGAGUUUGAAGAUAUCCUAAAUGCUGAAGUUUUCAUCGACCUUGAUAAGCUGCGAGAAUUGGCUAGACAUGGUAUUCCCAUAAAAGUUCGAGGGGAAGUAUGGAAGUAUUUACUUGGUGUUAAUCCGGCUGAUAGAUCACAAGAGUUAACUAGCCUCAAAGCCAAAUAUGAUGAAUAUUAUAAUAUAGAAAAAGAAAAUGCGGAUAUCAUUAAGCGAGUCCGUGGUGAAGUUAGCCGAUAUCAACGUAAAAUGAAGAAUGCCAAUGAUGCUUUUAGUCAUCGUGCAAAUAUCUUUGAAAAUGUCAUCGGUGCUUAUAUGAAUCGUAACCGGGAUAUUGAAUAUCAACCAACUUUCGUUUACUUAUGUGGUCCGUUCGUAUAUUGCAUAAAAAACGAACCAGAUGUAUAUUAUUGUUUCACUCGACUUAUGGCUAUAUUGGACGAGUAUAACUCUACCUACAAUAUAAACGAGCGUGUCGCGAAUUUCAUGACAUUGUUCAGAGCGAUCAUUCCUGAUUUAUGUAAUUAUUUUGAAGAGGAAGAAGUAAAUAUUAAUGAAUGGGCAUCAUCGUGGUUGCAAUUUUUAUUAGCAAAAGAACUUCAAUUUGAUGAUUUAAUGCGACUUUGGGAUACGUAUUUUUCUAUUCCCGAUCCUAUCGAAUUACAUCCAUAUGUAUGCUUAGCUGUGCUAAAACAUACCAAAGAGAAUCUUGAGGAGUUGGAACAAUCGGAAAUUAGGUCACUGUUAUUAAGAUUACCCUCUCUGGAUAUGGAGCAGGAAAUAUCCAAGUCUUCUAACUCAAUAAUGUCAAGACAAAGCGGGUGGAAUCAAUAUUAUCACCAAGGUCAAGGUUAUGAUACAAAAGGAGCUGGCGUCGAGGAAAAGGGAGCAAGUCCUAGUGACCCUUCCUUCUGGGGAUCUUCUGACAGCCGGCCUAAUACUGCACCUAGUGCGCCCCCAGCUUCUGUAAUUGAGUUUGAAGAUGCGAAAAAUUCUGAGAAUAAAGAAGCCUUAGAAUCUGAAACUGACGAAGAUUAUGCCAGACGUUUAUAUCGCGAAGAUCGUGAAGAAAUGGACAGACAACUUCGUAAUAAAUAUGGACAACAUGGAGACAGUGCCUAUUAUAAUACUUCAGAUGCACCAGGAGGUUAUUAUGCGUCUGGACCUCAAGCUGAACAAUACGGAUCUGGAAUUCCACCACAAGCACCACAAAUUCAAUUUCAACCUCAACCAAGAACUUAUUGGAGACCAUAUUUCACCUACCUUGCUACUCUUACUCUUGUUCAACUUGGUGCUCGAUUUGUUCCCUGCAUGCGAGAUGUUGCUGGUUUCAGUAACACUACUCAAUCAUGCCCAACGUCUACUGGUGGAACUACUACUUGUAAUUUAGAGACUUUAUGUGGCCUUGGUGGAUUUCAUGGCGGUGGGCCUGAUCAGUGGUACCGAUUUAUCAUACCCAUUUUUCUUCAUGCUGGUGUAGUACAUUAUCUUUUCAACAUGUUGUUCCAAUUAACGACUGGGAAACAAGUGGAAAACGAACUCGGUUUUUUGCGUUAUGGUAUUAUAUAUAUGGCCAGCGGUACAUUCGGAUUUAUCUUUGGAGGAAAUUUUGCUGCGCCAGCAAUUCCCUCUAUGGGUGCAUCCGGCUCUCUUUUUGGCAUCGUUGGCGUUUUACUAGUAGAAAUUUUACAAAAUUGGAAACUAUUUCCGAACCCAUGUUGGGAACUUACAAAAUUAUUAAUAAUGAUUAUACUAUCAUUUUUACUUGGUCUUUUACCUGGUUUAGAUAACUUUUCUCAUAUAGGCGGAUUUUUAAUGGGAGUAUUUACUGGUCUCGCUUUAAAUACAACAUAUAAUUUUUCGAAAUUUCACAAGUAUGCUAAUAUAAUUCUCAGAAUUAUCGCGGUGGUAAUUUCUGCAUUAUUAUUUUACUUCCUCAUACAAAACUUUUAUGCUGGUGAUCCAAAUCAGAAAUGCCCUUGGUGUAAAUAUUUAAGUUGCCUACCAUUUACUGGAUGGUGUGAUAGUAAAAUAGGAAAUAGUGUUACUACAAAUUAA